GAGCCAUAGUGACUGUUACUACUCCCAGUGUAAAUCAGUUUCUCGGCGCACAGAGACAUCAGCGUUCGCUAGAGGACUUUGCAGGGAAUUUUAACCCAUUGUACUCAAACUCACAAGAACCUACUUUUAAUCACCAUAUUUUAAUAAUGUGUCAACACCGCAGCCCGCAGUAGGAGUACGUUUGCUUGUUGUCCGUGGACAUUUCUCGCACUUCUUUGCGGUACUAUGGCGGUGGAGCUGGUGGGGAAGCGCUGCCUGUGCGUGAGCGGCGGAGAGCGGCUGGAGCCCGCGGGAGUCUCGCGCUGGAGCUGGAGAGCCGGAGUCAUCCGCGCCUGCGACUCGCCUGCGCUAACGGUGUGCGUGCACUGGGACGGCGAGCAGAGCGCAGAGAGGAAGUGGAGGAGACUCCGAGAGGAAUGUGAGGUGGUUUUGUUGGAGCAGGAACUCGUCUGGGCCACCAAAAGAACCGGCACAAACGGCAGCGGCCAGGAGAAGAGGAGACUGCAACCCGCCCUGAGAUUCCGGCCUCUGAUUGGUCAGUCAUGCAUAGGAGGCUGGACAGUGGUGGAGUUCAUCUCUGACAGACAGCUGGAGUUCUACACAGAACAGGAGGAGCUCCAGCCAUUCGAGGAUGAAGUGGAUGGUGGAAAUCCAGCUGUGAGAGAUGAUCCUUCUCUGCAGGAACAGGUCCAGGCCUGGCUCAAACAAAACCAAUUCCAGAACAUUCUUCAGAAAGGUGCUUGUUCUUUAAAGGGCCUGAGAGUGAAAGUGUUCAGACUGGAGUCCAAAGCCCAGUGGCUGUCUGGAGUCAUCACACAUCACGGCCAGAACAACAGAACUGUAGCUGUCAUGACUGACCAGGUUCGGGAGAUGAAUGUAGAUACGUCACUGGUUCAGAUGAUGGUGCUAGACGAUAUCACCCACUCCUCGCUGAUGGGAGACAACUCAAAACGCAAAGCACAUAUCACCAAGAUCAAUAGGAUUUUUCUUGGCACAGGAAGCAUAUCAAACAACACAACAAAUGACCAGGUGUGCAGCUCCAGGCCAGUGCAGCAGCAGUCUGAGAUGAGCACACAGAACUGCAGCAUGGAAGAGGAUGAAAAAGAAGGCAUGCGAGUUGAAAAGAGGAGUGAUGAGGCAAGAGAUUCUUCCAAAUCUAAAAACAGCAAUGUUGAGAGAAAAAGGAGGAAAGAAGAUGAGGAACAAGAUGACAAGCAGAGAAAUAGAUGUGGGUUAAAGAGGUUGAAAGCAGGCAGUGUGUCCGACCUGUCAGAGAACAGCGAUUCCGAAAAUUCCAGCUGCAGAGUGCAGGAUUCAUCCUCGGAUUCAGGAUCAAAGAGACAGCUGAAACAGCGUUACACUUCUUCAAAGAGGCCAUUGGACUGUGAGGUUCACCCCUCCCAUAGAGGCGGGGAACCUUCGCCUAACCAAUUAGGAGAGAGCAAGACUCAGAAAACAGGAAAAACUUCUCCAUCUGUUUCCCCUAGUGCAUCCUUCAACGGCGCAUUCAGGAACACAGAUGCACUGGAGUCUGGUGCUCUUGUUACUGGUGGGAAAUCAGAAGAGAAAGGCGAUGGAGGGAUGACAGAAAUAGAGGACAGGAGCGAGGGGGCAUCUCGAGAGGACUCGGAGGCCGUGUCUGCACUUUUGGCGUCCCAAGAGAGUGAGCAGCUGGUCUCCAUGGAAGCCACAUGUGUGCUGCUACACGCAUCACCUCUGGAGUGUGAAGGAGCAGAGGCUGAGCACGAGAUGUCGACGAAUGAUUCAGAGGUCAAAGGGUCAGAGUUCACCCACGCAGAGCCUAGGGGGUCAGAGUUAAACCAAUCAGAGGUCAGGAGGUCAGAAUUUCCCCAUUCUGAAGCCAGCAGUGACAAUGCAGUGCCAGUAAAAGAGGAGCCUAGAGGUCCACCGCCUUGUUCUCCAGUCAUACCUUGCAACAAAGAGGAGGAUGUGGAUUCUAAACCGAGUUGUUCUCCAGCAACUGUGAAUGCAGAAUAUGGACCUGUAACUUCCUUGGAAGCUACCCACAAGCCUAGUGUGCCCACCAGUCCUUGCUCCUCUCCUGAGAUCAUAUUUAAGCCUCAGACUGUACGGGAGACAUCCAGGCAGAAGCAGAGUGCAUCUCUAGAGAUUGGCCUGUUGAAGGAUGCUGCUCCUUUGGCUAAAUCUAUGGACAGAACUCUUAGCGGCCUUAAAAUGGCACCCAAUCCCAAAGUGACCUGCUCCACAACUCCAGUCCUGAUUCAGACCCCUUCUCCAACCCCAAACCGAUCCAGAACCCCAACACAUUCUCCUUCCCGUACGCUUAAUCGCACUCCCACUCCUGACAAGUCCAACAAAAGUCCCCUCAUUGUGGGCAGGAAGGAGCCCUUCACUAUCUACAGAGACCCUGCACUAAUCAGGACGGAGCUUGAGGCCCACCCCACCUACAUUCAGCCCCCUCACAUGCCCCCAAACCCCAAACACCACCUGAAGACACCUUCUCCCUCCUCCAGCUCUCCCAGCCUUACCCCAGCUUCCUCCCAUAGCAAGCUACUGAGUCCCUCCCCUCACCCUGCACACCUCUCACCCAUUCCCCUCCACUCCCAGCCUCCCCUCUGCUCCCUGAGCACACCCCACUCAACCAUCCCUCAUCCGCACCUCCUCCCGUCCCUCUUGCCUCCUGCACUCUUGUCUGGACAUCCUCGUAUCGGAGCCCUGGGACUUCCCCAUCAUCCUUUGGCCCUUCCAGGUAACCUGUCUCUCCUGGGCCAGACCUCUGGUGCAGCUCCUCUGGCACCUCUUGGUCUCUAUCCCCUCCUGUGGCCUCCUUUCCCCAACGGAGCCCAUAGCUACCCUGGAUUGGGCCUGCAAGCAUCCAAAUGGACACACCCAGAUGGUGCUGGCAUCUCUGACAGCAGCGUGAGGAGUAACACCCCAAGCCCUUGGAUUUCUCAGCCCACCACUGUUACUAAUGCAGACGGUCAAGGGUUGCAACCCCCACUACCCAUCCGACCCUCCAGUGCGGACCCUCAGAGAGUGUCUAGAAACACUCAACAUUGCACACCCUCCUCCAAAACCACAGAAGAGCUGGAUAGAAGAGCUGUCACUGAGAGCACACUCAUCUACACUCACCUCAAGUCUGAACAGGAGCGUCUCCGCACAGCAGCAGGCAAAAAUGGGCAGACUUACUGCCCAGUCGCCCUUGAGUCGUCCCCAAGUCGAACCAAACAGCCACUUGUUUAUGAUCUCACAGGAGAGAGACCAAACCGCUACCAGGAAGAGAACCGCCGCAUUCUUCAGGAGAGCAGUGAGGUGGCACCGUUCACUGCUAAACUGUGCUCAGAUAGGGAACCACGAUACCCUAGAAACCCCACAUCUGCCAAGGAGAGGGAGAGAGAGAUGGACAGAGACCGAGACGGAGAAAGAGAGAGAGAUGUGCAUGCAUUCAGACACAUUCUACCUCCCCGGCCGCAGUCGGCCCAUCCCACCCCAACCCUCACUCCGAGCAGCUACUAUGCCUCUCUGUCUAACAGCGUGGAGAACAAGCCUCAACAGCGCAGAGUGCCAGCCAGCAAAGAACUCUAUGAGAGGCUCAGUGCCAGCAACACAGUUGCCCCCGUCUUAACUUCCUCCAGCUCGCAGGUCUCAAUGAGAGCCAGACCUCCGCCUCUUGUUAAACACCACCAUGAGAAAGAAGAAGGUCUGCUGGGAAAGAUCUCAGAGCAACUGGCUCAUAAAGCAUCUUCCAUGGAAGCAGUAGAGGUAGCGGCUGUGGAGAGAAGGGGGCCAGGCUCUUCUCUCAUCUCUGUCUCCUCUUCUCCACGCAACGUGCCUUUACUCCACCGUGCGCCUAUUUUUCACCCUCCGGCACCAACCAUAGUGGUUUCAAAAGACUCUGGACAUGGCAGAUUGUCCCCGCCCACUCUCACACCCAUCCAGCCAAUGAGCUUGCCCGGAAAAGCUCAGAAGCAACAGAGGCCACCCACCUUGUUGCCUGAACUCAAACAUGUCGCCUUAGAUGGGAAAAGACUUGUGCCAGAGAAAGAAACAAUGCCAUUACAAGCCUACGAUACCCAAUGGGGUGGAGUCAUGUAUGGCAGAGAGAAAUUGGGCGGUAGACACACAACAAAUGGAGGUGUAGUCAAACCACAGUCAGCCACUGCGUCAGUCAUUGUACGUCCAACAAACCACACACAUACAACAAUAAGUUACACAGUGUCUGACAGCUCAGUUUCCCAGAUGCAGUGUGGCCACAUAAGACCAUUGGAAAUUUGGUCCAACCCACACUCAAAAGAGAGCGGUGUUCAGCAAAAGAGAGGUGUCCUGUGGACCCCUCUGGAUACUGUUCACCCCAUCAACCUGACAGCCCAAAAGGGAGAUUUCAAUGCACCAAUAAACAUGACAACUAAACCUAUUAACACAGCUCAACCCUUAACAAAUAUGAAUGUUGCACGCUCUAGGAUAGACCUAAUCGCAGAACACUGCAAGAGGAGAGAGAUUGGUGCUGUUCAACCAAAGAUGGAGUCCUCUCUCACCUCUUUUUGCACUUCUAGAGACUUCCCUCAUCUGAAGAAACACAGAGCUGGACUAGCUAUUGCUGAAUCUAGACAUAACACACGUACAAUUCAGCCUCAACACACUACGCAUCUUUCAAACGCUAUGAAACAUACCUCUCACCUCUCAAAUAGCAGGUGUGGGUCUUGCACUACGCUCACUACACAACCUGUGUGUUCUGCACAUGCUUCAGGAAGAGAAAAAGAGCCUGUAUUCAACACUAGUUCUUCUGAAUGUCUCCGACUGCCAUCAGGGACUUCCAGCCCUGUGCCGACAACCAAACAAGGUUUACUAACCAAUGAGUUGGCACCUGCUUCAGCCGUAACCAACCAAUCUCGAUCUGGUCAGAACAGCUACCAUAAACUGAAAAAAGCCUGGCUGACCCGCCAUUCUGAGCAAGACAGAGGCAGCACAGUCUCCCAAUCAGUAGAUGGCACUAAGACAGCUGUAACUUUGACCAGCACAAGCAACUCUGUGCCAAUCAAACAGAAAGUUAACGGACUGGUGGAUAAUGGGUUCAGUCAGGAGGAUAAAGAUCCCUCCCUAGACAGCAGAAAGUCCAAAAUAUUGAACAAGAAGACUCAAGAGAACAGGAAGUCUGGUAGUAAUGCUCUAAGUUUCAAUUCAGAGGACAAAAAAUCUGUUAUAGCCGAUGAGAAACCAGUGACAGUGGGCAAGAAGUCUUCCUUAGAAGAGGUUAAACCUGUCUUGGACAGAAACGGCAAGCUGGAGGGUAAGGAGCCCCUUGUGGAGGACAAGAAAUCUUUUGAAAAACGAUCAACCCCGGUUCAUAUGAAGCCUGAGAGGGAGAAACGAGGCGAGAAACGGCCAUUAGAGUCCAGCGGUGACAGCGAGAGUGGAGGAGACUCCGGCAAUGAAAGUGAGAAUGGUGGAUCAGGAAGGAGGUUUAAACGACAGCCCAAGUCCUCUUUUAAAAUCACACAGAAUGACCACCAGAAGAAGAAGGUAGAGGAGGAGGAAGAGGAAGAAGAGGAAGAGGCCAAACCCAAUGGAACUCUGCAAAGUGCAAAGGAUAAGCCUCAACAGAGACUCGCUAACAGCAGUGGCAUCCCUCGCUCUGUGCUGAAAGACUGGAGGAAGGUGAGGAAGCUUAAGCAAACUGGAGAAGCGUUCUUACAAGACGUCUCGUGUGCAGAGAUCGGGACCAACGUGCAGAAGUGCAGAGAGUGUCGCUUGGAUCGCUCACGUAAAUCUCAGGAGCCUGCCAUCUCACCCGUCUUCUGCCGAUUUUACUACUUCAGACGUCUGUCGUACAGUAAGAAUGGCGUUAUCCGUGUGAAUGGGUUUUCGGUGUCUGAGCAGACAGAUGAGGAGGCGGUUACGGUGUGGACGGGAAGCUCAGAGGACGAGGAGGGCAAGAAGAUGAGAAAGAUGGACCUUGAGACAUCAAAAUCCGUCCUUGCACUCAUCGGAGACAAGUUCUGCCAGCUCAUAAAGACGGAGGACACUGCUUUCACCUGGGUCAAGAAAGACACUCAGAUCAUGUGGAAGCGAGCAGUGAGAGGUGUUAGGGAGAUGUGUGACGCGUGUGAGGCCACUCUUUUCAACAUGCACUGGGCUUGUCAUAAAUGUGGCUUCGUGGUUUGCAUGGACUGCUAUAAAGCCAGAGAGAAGAAGAAAGCCAAAGAUAAGGAACUGUAUGCCUGGGUCCGAUGCGUAAAGAACCAGCCACAUGACUUCAAGAACUUAAUGCCUACUCAGAUUGUCCCUGAAACAGUAUUGGUGGACAUGCAGAGGUCUGUGCACUCAAUGAGAGAAAAGUUUGGAAUCCCAUCCCAUUGUUCCUGCACUGACUGCAAAACCCACAACCCCAGCACAGCCACUACCAAUGGACUCUCACCACUUUCAGACACGGAUCAGAGUGACUUGAAGAGCCGGCAGAUCCCAGAUCAGCAGAAGAACUUACAUGUCACAGUGAAAGCGCACACUGAGAAAAGAGAGAAGGCUAGGUGUGAUGGUAUGGAAGCUCACAGUAGGAAGUCCACGAGCCCCAAACAAGGAUCAACAUUGCGUGACCUUUUGACCUCCACAGCUGGAAAGUUGCGUCUCGGGGCCACUGGAGGUGCCUUUGCACCAGUUUACAACUUGUCUGAACAGGUAGCCCAAAACACUCGCGUGCCCAACAUCCUGGAUGACAUCAUUGCUUCUGUAGUAGAAAAUAAAAUUCCCGCUACAAAGAUGGCCAGGGUGGGGCUGAAUCAGGAUUCGCUGCCAGAAGGGGAGGUGGGGCAGCGGCCAGAGGGUGUGAAGCUUGAUGAAAGUCCAUUGGCUGAUCCCCACGCCAUUGUCCCUCACGAUUGGCUUGGAAACCACCGGCUGCUUUGGCUCAAAGAUCAUCGUCACCAAGGCAACCAAAGACUGUUCAAAGAGAACUGGACACAAGAGCAGCCAGUGCUGGUGUCCGGAUUGCACAAGAGUUUGAAUGCUAAUCUGUGGAAGCCUGAGCACUUCAGCCGUGAGUUCUCCAGCCUUCAUAGUGACCUCUACAAUUGCAGAGAUGGGAGCGUCACAAACUCCAAUGUCAAGGAGUUCUGGGAUGGUUUUGAAGAUGUGUCAAAGAGACCUAAAUCUGAUAAAGGGGAGUCAGUGGUGUAUAGACUGAAAGACUGGCCAUCAGGGGAGGAGUUUUUGGCCCUCAUGCCUGCCAGAUACCAUGAUGUGAUGAAGUCUUUGCCGGUACCGGAGUACACAGACCCAGAGGCACAUCUGAACCUGGCCUCACAUCUGCCCUCCUUCUUCAUUCGACCUGACCUUGGUCCUCGCCUCUGCUGCGCCCACGGUGUAACAACAUGUCCAGAACAAGACUUCGGGACCAGCAAUCUACAUGUUGAAAUCUCAGACUCCAUGAGUAUUCUGGUAUAUGUCGGGGUGGCCAAAGGAAACGGAGCCUCAUCCAAAGCAGGUACUUGGGUACUAAAGCUCUUGGAAGGAGAAGUUCUGGAUGAGAGUGUAAAGAAACGACUGAAAGACCCUAAAGAGACGCCAGGUGCUCUGUGGCACAUCUACACGAGUAAAGACCUACAAAAGAUCCAGGAGUUUCUACAAAAGAUUGCUGCUGAGCAGCAGGCUGAAGCGGAUCCAGAGGCAGACUCUGACUCAGAGUGGGACGGUGAUUCCGACCCCCUGCGUGAAGGCAGCUGGUAUCUGAGCCCCAGGCUGAGGCAGAAGCUACAGAAUGAAUAUGGCAUAGAGAGCCGCACACUCCUCCAGUUCCAUGGAGAUGCUGUUAUCAUCCCUGCUGGAGCUCUGCACCAGGUGAUGAAUCUGCACAGUUGCAUCCAAGUGAAUGUGGAUUUUGUGUCCCCUGAACAUGCGCACAACUCCUAUUAUCUAACCCAAGAGCUCCGCCCUCUCAAAGACCAAAUGAACUAUGAAGACAAACUUCAGGUGAAGAACAUCUUUUAUCACUCUGUGAAAGAUGCUGUAGCCACACUGAGGAACCAUUUGAAGGAGAAGAACACAGACGAUGGGAAACAGGAGGGGUCCUGACAAUGCAUCUCCUCCUCCUCUGUUCAAACCCUUGGAGCAUAAAGACAAUCCCAGGAUUCUCCAGCAAGAAAUCUCUUAGAUGUGAUUCUAACAAAAUGGGCCACUCUGCAAGAUUCUGUGACUUCCUCUAUGAUGUCACUGUCUUCUCUUUGAUUUUAUUCUCUUUGUUUGAACUUCCCCAUCAUGUCUUCCUGCACGGACAGGAAGCGUAGUAAGGGGCACAACAAACAGAGAUAAAAGUAGUACACUGUGCUCUCCAAACAGGUGCAAUGAACUUCAAAGCCCAUCACUUCCACUUGCCGCACAUGCAGAAGACCAUGGAAAACCUUUAGAAAGAGCGACACUGGCAAAUACAUGUUUUUCCAAAGGCGAUAAUGAUUCACGACAUGUUCUUUAUUACUAGUUAUUGCACUGCAAAGUGUUCAACAUGUUGUCAUGCUGUGUUUUGGACAGUUUUAGAGAGCAGCGAUUCCAACACAAUCAUAGCAGCAUUCCAUCACAUCAGCAGCUGCCAAAUGGACAAGUUUUAUUGUUUAAGCAACAUUAAAUUAUUUACAGUUUGGCAAAUAUUCACUGUGCAGAGGGCGAAUAUUAAAGAAUUAGUUUAUUCUGUUUGUUUAAAAAAAAAAAAAAAAGAUCUUGUGAAAUUUUCAGCUGAAAUGU